UCAACAGGUGGUUUGCACAGACAGGAGUCCAGCAAGAAAAGGGGAGGAAAAACGCUUGAAAAGAGUUGUAAAGAGUUGAACAUCCAUCAGGAUGACGGGGAACACGGAGAUGGAGGAUCUAGUGAUGAUGAUAAACAAGCUCCAAGAUGCCUUCGCCACCACCUCUUCCAGUCUCAAUCUUCAGCUUCCCAUGAUCGCCGUCAUCGGCGGACAGAGCGCUGGCAAGUCUUCCGUACUCGAGGCCGUCGCUGGCAGGGACUUUCUGCCUCGGGAGUACUUGGAGUUUUCGCACCUGCCGGAUGAGAGGUUCACUGAUUUCGCGGAAGUGAGGAAAGAGAUUGUUGCGGCAACAGACAAGGAAGCAGCGGACAAGGCCAUCUCCUCCAAACCCAUCAACCUCAGGCUCUAUUCCCCUCAUGUUCUUCAGCUCACUCUGGUCGAUUUGCCUGGUAUGACCAAGGUCCCUGUCGGGAACCAGCCUGAAAACAUCGAACAACUUGUGAGGAUCAUCUCAUUUACAUAUUAUUCCUGUUUCAGGCGCUAUCGCUUCAAGUAUUUCGCCUUCUUCUGA